CGGCCCCCCGGCACCAUGCACCGAUCACUCCGCGCCUGCCGCCGCCUCGGCCGCUCCGCCGGGUUCCUGCUCUCCCGGCCGCCGCCCUCGCUGGAUCCCGCCGGGCCCCGCUGGAUCCCUCCGCCCCGCGCCGCCAUGUCCACUCAAGAGGCUUUUAGGAUAGAAUAUGAUACUUUUGGGGAACUGAAGGUCCCAAGUGACAAAUACUAUGGUGCCCAAACUGUAAGAUCUACAAUGAACUUCAAAAUUGGAGGUGUUUCAGAAAGGAUGCCAGUUCAAGUCAUAAGGGCUUUUGGCAUCUUGAAGAGAGCAGCUGCUGAAGUAAAUCAAGAUUAUGGUCUCGACCCAAAGAUUGCUAAAGCUAUUGUACAGGCAGCAAAUGAGGUAGCUGAAGGAAAAUUAAAUGAUCACUUCCCAUUGGUAGUGUGGCAGACUGGGUCUGGAACUCAAACCAAUAUGAAUGUCAACGAAGUCAUCAGCAACAGAGCCAUUGAGAUAAUGGGGGGCACCCUGGGGAGCAAAAAGCCAGUACAUCCGAAUGACCAUGUUAACAAAAGCCAGAGUUCAAAUGACACUUUCCCAACAGCAAUGCAUAUUGCUGCUGCCCAGGAGGUUAAUGAGGUGUUGUUACCUGGACUGAAGAAGCUACAGAAUGCACUUGAAGGGAAAUCCAAAGAGUUUUCCCAAAUCAUAAAAAUAGGGCGCACUCAUACACAAGAUGCUGUUCCACUUACACUUGGACAGGAAUUUAGUGGUUAUGUGCAACAAAUUAAAUACGGUGUGGCUAGGAUUGAAUCAACCAUGCCAAGAGUAUAUCAGCUGGCAGCUGGCGGGACUGCAGUUGGCACAGGAUUAAACACAAGAAUUGGCUUUGCUGAGAAAGUUGCUGCUAAAGUGGCUGAACUGACAGGUUUGCCUUUUGUCACUGCUCCAAAUAAGUUUGAAGCGCUUGCAGCCCAUGAUGCUCUAGUUGAACUCAGUGGAGCCAUGAACACGGUGGCGUGUAGUCUGAUGAAAAUAGCUAAUGAUAUUCGUUUCCUGGGUUCUGGACCACGCUCUGGACUUGGAGAACUCAUCCUGCCUGAAAAUGAACCAGGAAGCAGCAUCAUGCCAGGAAAAGUGAACCCUACCCAGUGUGAAGCUGUAACCAUGGUGGCAGCCCAAGUUAUGGGAAACCAUGUUGCUGUUACUGUAGGAGGAAGCAAUGGACACUUUGAACUGAAUGUCUUUAAGCCCAUGAUGAUUAAAAAUGUUUUAAACUCUGCAAGACUUCUUGGAGAUGUGUGUGUUUCUUUCACUGACAACUGUGUAGUAGGAAUUCAAGCCAAUACAGACAGGAUCAACAAACUGAUGAAUGAAUCUUUGAUGUUGGUAACAGCACUGAACCCACAUAUAGGAUAUGAUAAAGCAGCUAAGAUUGCCAAAACUGCACACAAAGAGGGGACAACGUUAAAAGAAGCUGCUAUAAAGCUGGGGUUCCUUACGUCAGACCAGUUUGAUCAGUGGGUGAAGCCUAAAGAUAUGUUAGGUCCUCAGUAACUCCUGUACAAAAUAAAAAAAGUGUUCUUAAUAUAAAAAAAUAAAACAAAUAUGAUAUCACAGAA